CCACCUCUCUCUCUCUCUUCAGCUCGACUCCCCAUCUCUCUCAAUCUCUCUCCAUCUCGACUCCCGACAAAAACAAUCCCAUCCUCAACUCCCCAUCUAUCUCCCUGUCGAUCCUCGUUUGGCUGAGCGGUGGUCCAAGGCCCUCCCUAUUCACGAACGCGAGGAAUUAUGUCGGAUUUUAGUGGUUCAUCAUCUUCAGUUCAAGGAAGCAAUACAAGGAAGAGACUUGAAUUAAAUGAAUAUAAACAACCAGUCGGAGAAAUAUCAGCGCCUUUCAACACAUUUUUAGGGCAACUUGGCAGGACACACUGUCCAAUUUCAUUUGCUGAUUGGCGCAAAGUGCCUGGUGCAAUUAAAGAUAAUAUCUGGUCUAUGGUUUUAGCCACAUACGACAUCGAUGAUGAGUUAAAAGAAUAUGUAUUUUCGAAAGUAAGCAAAGCUUGGAAGGUAUGGAAAUACAAUCUGCGAAAGGAAUAUGAUAAAUUUGAUAAUGAUGUAGAAAGAAUAAGAAAUUGUCCCAUUGGUGUAAAGCAAGAGGAUUGGGACAUUUUCAUUAAUUUACAAUCCACAGAAUUAUUAAUCAAUCUUCGUAAGAAGGGAAAGACUUCCAGAGCACAGGUGAAAUGCCUUCACACGACUGGAAGACGAGGUGCUGCUAGGACAUUAGAGAAAAUGCGAAAAGAAAAUCCAAAUACUAUCAUCACCAGAACCGACUUGUUUGUUGCCACUCAUAUCAGACCUGAUGGGUCUUACCCAACACAAACACAUCUUGAAACAGCAGUGAGAAUAAUUUUUUAG